UGGAAUCAAGAAAUGCCACAAGCUGUUCUCAAACACGAAACACGUUUUUUAGAGUCCCAAUGCGAGUACAGGCCAGCGAUGGACUACAGCCGUACAGACGCUAACCUGGGUUUCCCCGCAGAACUGUUACCGUAAUCGAGGCCAGAUCCACAGAAUGCUGAGUCCCAUUGUUCCCUAUAGACUAUUGAAGAUGCACUGGAACCCGGAGCAUACACAGCCCCUGAGCCAGUGGCCUGAGCAGCAUUUGGACGUGUCCUCCACCACCUCAUCCCCUGCCCACAAGUCUGAGCUCUACCCCAGCCGUAGCUCCUACAGCUACGCCUGGGCAAAUGAUGACAUCUCAGCCCUUACUGCCUCCAACCUGCUGAAGCGCUAUGCUGAGAAAUACUCUGGCAUGCUAGACUCACCAUACGAACGCCCUGCUGUGGGCACAUACCCUGAGCCUGGAGCCUUUGGGGCCCUUAACGGAGGCCAGAAAAGCGAACUGGAACCUUGGCCUCUAACGCACAGCACUGAUGGGGGGUAUCCCUUGGUGCCUCCUCCUUCUCAUGAUGGUCUGUCGGGACCAAAGGUGGUUCCCACAUCAGCAGGUCCACCAGGCUCGGGCAAUGUGUCAGCAGUUAACAGCAACCUUUCGGACUCGGGAUACAGCGGGAGCAGCUCCUGCAGUGGGCCCCAUUCCAGUGACUACCCGCCCAGUUACAAUGGCACCUACCUCUCAUCAGGGUACUGCCCCCAACCCAGUUCAGCACUUCCAACAGCGUCGUUACAUGCCCUUCAGCCUAGCCCCACACUUCUCCCCAGUUACACACAUUCUACCCCCAUUUACAACUACCCCCCUAGCACCUACCCUCACCAGACUAGCCUUGCUCCUAGCUACACCCAUCCAACAGGCCCUUACAUCCCCUCGGGCAUAGCCGCCCCCUCUCCACUUCCAUCGAGACCCACAGUGGUUGGUGGCAGCUAUGGCUAUCAGAAUAGCAGUCUAGGGGGCUCAGAGCCUGGUGGCUCUCUGAAGAGAAAAGCAUUUGAGAUGACCCUGGAUGAGGAAGAUGGAGACAGUUCACGCUAUAGGAAAUAUAGCUAUGACCCCAUAAAAGCUGGGGGAGAUUCUCCAUAUGGGGUCACUGAUAAAGCUGAGUGCCGUGGAAAUGGCUUUGGAACAGGCAACACAGAUCCUCAAUCCUUUAAGCCUAGUAAACCUUCAUCUCAGUCAAGCCUGGAAGGAGACGAAGUGGGGAAGUACAGUGGGCUAAAGCCCUUGGUUUCACCAACGUAUGGAGCUGCAGGGGACUACAGUCCAUCGGCAGCCAUAACUGGGGAGAACGGAAGUUCGGAGCAAGGCUUCUCCCAACAUCGAUCUCAGAAGCGCUCCGAUCCCAUGAAAAGCAUGGAGCCCCAAAUGCUGGAGCUAGUAAGCCAGGAACUGCAAGAUUGCAGUCCGGCUUUGCUUUGGAGUGAACUGGCUGGGAACUGUCAUAUCAAAGCAGCGCUGGAGGAGGACAUGCUGUGGCCUGUCCUGCGACCCAACCCUGCCAUCCACCCACCCAGAACCGUCCUGCUGUUUGGUCCUCAAGGAGGGGGCAAAACCACACUGGUACGAUCCAUGGCAUCUCAACUGGGUGCUACCUUCUAUAGGCUGAGUUGUGCAACUUUGGCCUCUAAAUUGAAAGGAGAAGCAGAGCAACUUCUUGCCACUCUGUUCUCGGUGGCAACAGCCCGACAACCUGCAGUGGUGCUGCUCAGCGAGCUGGAGGCCGUUGAGGAGGAAGGUCUCGGACAGCAACUGCAGGCCCAGCUAGAGAAGAUUCAACAUGGUCAGAGCAACCUAGUUCUGGUUGUGUGCACCACGAGACGGCCUGAUUUGAUCAAAGAUCCCCUUAUGCGCUGCUUCUCCAAGCGUUACCACAUAGGCCUGCCAGAUGGAAACACACGCAGACAUGUGCUUCUGCAGGCACUGGCGCCCCAAGGCUGCAGUCUGGGCGAAAGGGAGAUGUCAGCAGUACUGCAGCGUUCAGAAGGCUUCUCCAUCUGGGAGCUGCUGCAGCUCUGCCAGCAGGCUCUGGCAUCAGCUUCUGCCUCUGCACCCAUGCCCUUGCAUGGCCUCCCUUCAUCCCUUUCUUCCCCUACCUUCCAAGACUUUGAAAAUGCUUUCUGCAAGGUUCGCCCUCACAGCACCCCCAAAGAACUGGACACUUGUAUGGAGUGGAGCAAGGUUUAUAGCCACUGAAAAACUAGUCAGCCACUGGUUGGGGACUGCUAAAUGUUUUUCUUUUUUUUCUUUAACUAUUUGUUGCAGCCAAAAGAGUGGGACUUGAAAUUACAGUUUAUGGUGGGGAAAUUUUUUUGAUUGAAUGCAUUUAAUCUAGGGAA